CAUCCUUGAAAUUAGCUUCAAUUAGUGAAUCCCCUUUCCUGAUAGACUCUCCUAUACAGCCCAUUCGCAUCAACCCUAUCAACCAAGAUCCAUUUUCAUAUUAUUGUUUAGUAUUUAAUGUAAUUUUAUGGUCCCUGUUUUGUUUGCAUUUGAUCGGAGGUCGGAGUGCGACGCAAGUACCCAACAUUCCUCCACCUUCAGAUCUGACAUCGAAUACGACUUCUCCUCCUUCACCCCGGAAGAAGGUUGAACCAGAAUUUGGUUUUUCGGUGAAAGAGAAGCAACCGGUGAUUUCAAGAUUUACCAACAAUCAGAAACCGGUGAAAGCCAGUCUGGAAGGUUCAAGAUGCCGCCACGUGUACGAGGAAGGGGACGAGGAGCAUUCGCCACCUCUCAUGACCAUGAGGCAGGGCCUUCGCAUAGGCGAACCCCAUCAGCAUCCCAUAACACUGAUGCCCGAGAUCUUUGGAGAUCGUUCGCUGAACCCGCCAGGCACUCAGCAUCACUGAGUACCACCCAUUCCCUACCACACUCUUUUGGGCCUCACUCUGAAAAUGGGCCCCACGACUCCCAUGGAUCCUUCAUUCCUCUACCCCAGUCACCUUAUGACUACCCAACACCCGUCUAUCAGGGCCUGUACAACCCUGAUGUCUAUUUGGAAGAACCAGUGGGUCAUAACCCACUUGGACCUGAAGACCACUUCUCGAGUGGCAAUGAGAUGGAGGUCGAUGAGGACGUCGAUCCCUCCAUGCCACCGUCCGGCACUCCAAACCACCCCAUUGAGAUAUCUGAUGGGUCACCGUUCAGGGGAUCACCUUACAAUGGUAUUGACAGCUACGAGGAGAGGUUUAAGCAGCACGACUGGGUUUAUACCCCUAGCUACCAUAAUUCCCCCAUGCACCAGUCCUACCACAGCUCUCCCGUGCACUCGCAGCAUCACUCCCAGCAGCAGCUUCAGCAGCAACCUCAGCAGCAGCAGGAUCCUUCUGAGGGAUUCUGGCGCGACGUGGUCACUCCGCCGCCGCCACCGCCUCCGGUUUUGCCUCCUCCGCCUCAGAGGCAAAGGAGGAACGCCCGUAUGUCUACGCGAGGAGGGAUACGCAUUGGCACCCCUCGACAUUCAGGUAGCAGCCGCUACUCGCCGCUUCACGAGGAGUCAGAGAUGGGAGAAUCUCAGCAUCCCGUCUCAGAGGUUACUUCUGCGCCUAUUGCGCCACUGCCGCCGCAGAACUUUGGAGAGCCAAUCCCUGCGUAUGCUAGCGCAGCACAGUUCAACCCUUUCGAGCCGACUUUUCCCCCAGGUUAUGACUAUACAGGGGAUCCUUACUGGAUGGCUUCGGGCUACAACCCUCUCAAUCAGGAGAAUGCUUUUGGAGGUCCCUGGGCUACGGGACAAUCAGCUUUUGGAUACUCACCGCAAGGAUACCAGCAGCCGCAGCCUCCACAGCCACCGCAGUAUCAGCCACCGCCGCCGGCGCCAAUGAUGUCGCCACCGCAAGUCCAAGAAAUCCUGCAAGGGAUAAACGACGUGCGACGUGAGUUGCGACAGGAAAUGCGGGAAGAUCGCCGUCACAAUCGCGGAAUGUUUAAGAAGAUGGUUGACUUGAUCAAGGGUAAGGGUAAGAAGGAUUAUUAAAUCCUUUGUUGGUUAGCUCAUUUGCUCAUGUCCCUGCGAGGACAUUUAUUCCUGUAUUCUACCCCUGCGUGGGUAUAUUUCUCUUGUUCUACCCCUGCGUGGGUAUGUUGUUUCUGUUAACCCCUGCGUGGGUUUGUUUUGUUUGUUUGUUGUUUAUUUGGUUUAGCCCCUGCGUGGGCAUGUUAUUUGAGUUAAAGUCCCGUUUAGGGCAAAAGUUGUACUAGUCUACUUUAUUUAAAAUGGUUAAUUUAAGUUUUUCAUUUUA